AUGGUUCUCGAUCGACUCCAGCAGUUGACCCACCAGGUCAAUGCGACUGCACCCCCUCCUCAUCCGUUGGAUCCCUUGUCCACAUCGGAGAUCGAUGCUGCUGUCCGUCUGAUCCGCAGAGAGCAUGGGCAACUCAACUUCAAUGCGGUCACACUGUACGAACCGCGAAAGGCCGAGAUGAUGUCCUGGGUCGCUAACCCAGAGACGGCAAAGCGACCGGCUCGUGCGGCCGAUGUGGUGGCUAUUGCGCCUGGUGGCAAGGUGUAUGAUGGUGUGGUGGAUUUGGACCAGAACAAGAUCCUAAACUGGAACCAUACACCAAAUGUCCAACCGUUGAUUACAAUGGAAGAUCUUCAGGAGGUCGAGCAUGUUGUGCGAAAGGACCCCAAGGUCAUUGAGCAAUGCGGUAUCGUCGGAAUUCCUCCUGAGGAUAUGCACAAGGUGUAUUGUGAUCCUUGGACAAUUGGAUAUGAUGAACGCUUUGGCACGGGAGUUCGACUACAGCAGGCUCUCAUGUACUACCGCCCCCAUGUCGACGACUCUCAGUACACUUUCCCAUUGGAUUUCUGUCCUAUCUACAAUUCAGAGGAGAAGAAGAUUAUUCAUAUCGAUAUUCCUCCAGUACGGAGGCCUGUGAAUAAGGCAGCUCCAAACAACUACCACCCCGAAGCUAUUGAGAAGCAGGGCGGCUUCCGCACCGACAUCAAGCCUAUCCACAUUACCCAACCAGAGGGAGUUUCAUUCCAGGUUAAUGGCCGAAGCAUUGACUGGCAAAAUUGGAAUAUCCACGUUGGAUUCAAUUACCGUGAGGGUAUUGUGCUGAACAAUAUUACAUUCAACGACAAGGGAAAUGUCCGACCGGUCUUUUGGCGACUCUCGCUUGCAGAGAUGGUUGUUCCAUACGGUAACCCCGAACAUCCUCACCAGCGAAAGCACGCCUUUGAUCUCGGUGAGUAUGGCGGUGGUUAUAUGACCAACAGUCUCGCCCUGGGCUGCGACUGCAAGGGUGCGAUCCAUUACAUGGAUGCCGCAUUUGUGAACCGCGCCGGUGCUUCAACAAUCAUCAAGAACGCGAUUUGCAUUCACGAAGAGGACGCUGGAAUUCUUUUUAAGCAUACCGACUUCCGUGACGAGUCAACAGUUGUUACCCGCGGCCGGAAACUGAUUAUCUCGCACAUCUUCACCGCGGCCAACUACGAAUACUGCGUGUACUGGAUUUUCCACCAGGAUGGUACUGUCCAGCUGGAGAUCAAACUGACCGGCAUUUUAAACACAUAUGCGAUGAACCCUGGCGAGGACACCAAGGGCUGGGGCACCGAAGUCUACCCCGGCGUCAACGCACACAAUCACCAGCAUCUCUUCUGCCUCCGUGUUGAUCCCAAUAUCGAUGGUCCAGACAAUACAGUCUUCCAAGUGGACGCCGUCCGCGGAUCUGGCGAGGUCGGAAGCGCGGAGAACCCAUACGGUAACGCCUUCUACGCUAAGAAAACCAAGUUCAACACGCCGAUUGAAGCGAUGUCCGAUUAUGAUGGCUCUACUAGCCGAACCUGGGAGAUGGCCAAUACCAACAAGCUUAACCCCUACAGCAAGAAACCCGUCUGCUAUAAACUUGUUAGUCGUGAGGUACCACCACUACUACCUAAGGAAGGCAGUCUUGUCUGGAAGCGAGCCGGGUUUGCUCGUCACGCUGUUCACGUCACCAAAUACUCCGACGAUGAAAUCCACCCAGCUGGUCGCCAUGUUCCUCAAACAUCUGGCGAGCCAUCUCAAGGUAUCCCGGCAUGGAUCGAAGCCGCCGGACCCAACAGUUCCAUCGAUAACACAGAUGUCGUAUUGUGGCACACUUUCGGUCUGACCCAUUUCCCUGCACCAGAGGACUACCCCAUCAUGCCGGCCGAGCCUAUGACAUUGCUCCUGCGUCCGCGCCAUUUCUUCGAUCGAAACCCGGUUCUUGAUGUGCCUCCCAGUUACGCACGAACACCGUCGCAGGCGGCGGCUGGUGCGAACGCAUGUGGGUGCAAGAAGAAUGAUGGGUCGAGUGUGCUUGUUUGA